AUCCCAUCCCAUCUCCGUAUCCGUCCACCACCACGGUCCCUUUUACUUUAGCCCUGGCCGUCGCACUCAUCUCACCCUCCCCUUCCUUUUCCUCUCUUCUCUUCUUCAACGCAAAUACAACAUCACGAAGAACCACAACCCAAUACUGACGAGAUUCUCUUGUCACAGUCACGAUAAUCGCAACAGCCACAGCAACGCCAGCCUGAUCUGCCAAUAAGUCUAUUAGUCGACCCGUCGAACUGAGCCUACCUGCACAGUUCCACACUUGCAUCGCAUCCCUUCCGCUUCUAGCUGUACGUCAACAGUAAACCCUAUCCUACCGCACAGCACUGAACUGCGUCACAUCCUCCUCCCUCUCCCACCUUGGUGACUCAACACCACCACUUCUCAUCGUGGGAUUCCUCCCACAUACUCUACCAGUCUCAUCACUAUUCCUCUACUCAGCACCUGUAGCUAACCAUCGAUAUCGCGUACAGACACGUCUAGAAGCACCAGACACGUCUAAACGACAUCAUGGCGACCAUGGCAGCUGCUGCUUGCGAUAUCCACCAGGCCUCCAACAUGAGCCGAGACAACUUGACUGUUGUAGCGGCUCGGAGUGUUCCUGCGACGACUGUGACACGAUCUCACCCCCUCCCUACUCCUCCCAACUCUAUUUCUCCCGCCCUUCCGCCUCACGGCCUCAAGGCCCAGCUUCAGAAGGCCAGGCUCGAGCCCAUCGACUCGGACCUCGACCUGCACGACGACCCGACUGGUCGCAGGCAAGCAUCGCGGUCACCCUCCUAUGAUGCCACCGGUGCUAUCAGCACCACCUUGCUGGCCAAGCACCACCUCCCUGAGAUCCUCCUCAACCACGGCCCUCUGGCUAUUCGUCACAUCAUGGGCUACCUGACAACGUCCGUUCCGGGCUUCGCCGGAAUCCCGCCGACAAAGGCGCGUCGCCUUGUCGUGGGCGCCUUGGAGGGUCGCGGAGGCGAGGGCAGCGGACCGGACGGCGAUGUGGAAUUUGAAAAGGUGGGCUGGGGUCGAUGGGAUGCUCGACGACGUGGUCAGGCCGCGCGCGGAUCUACACCCCCAACUGAUUACCGAUCUGGCAUUCCCAUCAACAAGACCGGUGGACGCGGCGCCGAUAGGUCUCGCCUGAACGUCGCCUCGUCCAGCGCUGGUGAUUCCAUCGUCUUCUCUCACGACGACCGCGACGCUAUGAUGAUGGAAUGCGAAGCGGAUAAGAUGUCCCUGGAUGGCUCGGCCUCCGCCUCGUGUUCCGAGGCUCCGGAUGACGACGAUAUCGCUAUGAAUGAUGAUCCCGAGGACGCCACCGAUGACGAGGACUGGGCUGCCGUUGGAGCUGCCGCUUUGCGCGCCGAGUCUUACAACACAGCCGGCGCAGCCGCACAGUCUGCUGGACGCAGCUUCCUCUCCACCGGUGUAUAUAACUCGGGAGGCAUGCGAACUGUCUCUACUGGCAUGGCACGCUCGCUCCAGCCCAUGCCCUUCGACUUCACAGCGCUCCAGGGCCCGUCUGACGCGCAGGAGCGUGAGGCGGUUGAGGCUCUGUUACGCCUGGGUUCUGUAUAAUACCUUUUUUUUUUUUGCAUAGCACGGCGUUGGGGAUGGAAGGUCUGCGCUGUGCGAUCGGUCUGUUUGACCGAUGAGAAAGCAUGUCUCCUAUUUUUCAUUGGAUUCGGACUGGUUGGCUGGGUUGGCUGAACCAAGGAUACCGUGUCAUGACUUCACUGACCGAGCCGGCGCGCUCUGGGUCAUGCAUCACCAUUCUCUGGUCUCUGUCAUGGCACGGCGGUUCUACACUACAUGGGUUCGGCGUUCCUGGCAUUGGAACGGCAAAUAACGCCCUCGCGCGAAGGGCAAUCAUUGUGGCCUUGAGCACCACUUUGCAUUACGAUCAUGGCUCUACUGGAGGAUACCCCGACAUAUUUGGUCAUCAACACGUUUCGACACAUUACUACUUGGGCCGGCUGGCUAUCUUGGGGACUGUUGUCUCAUCUCCCCGCCUCUGCCUGUUUGGCCUCAUCUUGGUACCUAGUUCGAAGAAUCUGAGCCCUUACCACAACCUUUGUUCGGCUUUCCCCAAGCAUCGGGCUGGUUGAGACCAAGGCAACGCGGUGGCGUCGACGACAGGUUGGAAUGGGCUGGCCUGACAACACCACCUCCCCACAGACACACACUUCGAUUCUUUCCCAUUCAUGCGUAUACCACAUUUUGCACAUACCCCCUUUUGCUUUUUGUUCACACAUCUGCAUCUCCCCACUUCAACACGCCGUGGGGGAUUACGUCAUUUAGCGCUGGGCGAGCUUCACCUCGUCAGCCAUCACACCCCGCGCCCCUUUUUGCGCGUUUCACACCAACACCUGUUUAAUUAGUUUUGGGGUUGACGAAGACGACGAAAAGAUUAUUCUUGUCACAUGAACACUGAAUACACACGACACAUUGAUUUUGUGUUUGCGAACUGGAAGAGUCAGCAUGAGCUUGGCUGUUUGGCAACUCUCGCGGAGGACAGGACGCGCAGUUAGAAACAAGGAACCUUGGUGAUGCUUGGCUCGCUGAUAUUGCCUACCUUUACGAUCGGCUUCAGAGCACGAUGUCUUUGAGACAUAAGAAAGAGCAGAGGAGUUGAAACCAAAUCAAAAAAGAAAAAAAGGAAAAAGAGAAAUUACCUCCCUCUAUUUUUUUUUUAUUUUUUUUUUUUUUGUGAACGGCGGGAUCUGGGUUUUCCGGGAUUGGGCGGCUAGGUCUAGCUCUCAAAGAAUGGAACUCUUGAUUCUUUCGUCCCAUCCUCGUUGUGUUGACUGUCGUGCGAUUACUCGGUGCGUUGUUGUGAUUUGUGUACGCUGACGUCUCCUCUCAGUGAAACAGUACCAAUGUCGAGAUGGAUCGUUUGUACCAUGGAGAGACACUGCUGCUCAGGUAGCCUUGAUGUUGCUAGUGAGAAUGGUCUGAUUCUUGGGUUGAUUGUGGCUACAUGUUGUCGAGAGGCUUUCCAAUGUGCAUUAUGAUCUUGAGACAUUCAGGGGUUCCGCCGCCUCAUGAAAAAUAUCUCACGGCUUGCUCUGAAUUUGUUGUGGCAAAACUACAUCCGCUAUACCAAGCAGAACAUGUGAGUUAUCACGAGCAUUAUGAGUUCGUAAUCUGAUAAGCUGAAUGAAUGACCUAGAUAACCAGAGUGUUGGCUGGCCAAAGUCAAAGCCAAAGCUCUCUGCCUCUGUCCACUCGAUGAGCCCCUUUUGUGGGCUUUCACCCUCUUUCCAACUUGGUCACUCGUUCGAAAUCAAAACACCCAUAAGGAAGUACUCGCACAAAGAUUUUCAUGUAUAUAUUGCAAUGAAUCUACAGCGACCAUACUUCCAAGCCACCGAAGAAGGUACCUCUAGACGAGAAACUCGUUGGGCACAUACAACGGCAUAGAAUCCUCCCACAAACUAUCCGUAAGCAUCCGCUUGUUCGACCCGUCGGCGUCCAUGACGAUGAUCUGCCCGUACGGCUGGAACGUCUGGUCAUAGAUGGCCGCCUCGUCCCGGAACCCGUACAUGCCGCUGGAAUACAGGAUCCGCCCGUCGUGCGACCACACGGCGUGCGCGUCGUUUGCGCCGCUGGACGUGAGCGUCUGCAGGUCCGUCCCGUCGGGCCGGAUGGUGCAGACGUCGAAGUUCGUCGCCGACGUCUUGCGCGUGAAGACGAUGCGCUCGCCGUCGGGCGACCAGAAGGGCAGGUUGUCCGUCGCGUUGGUCAGGCUCCGCACCGUCUUGGUCUCGAGGUCGAUGACGCGGAGGCCGUAGCGGACACCCCACUCGCGGAAGACGAGGCUGCGGCCGUCCGGGCUGUAGGAGGGGAACCCGGAGUGGACAGUGCCGUCUGUGAGCGCCUCGUAGAAGCUGCCGUUGGAGGUGGUGCGGUAGACGCGGGCUUUGCCCGUCGCGCGGGACUGGAACCAGGAGCCUAGCCCGAAAGCGAUCCACUGGCCGUCGCUGGACCAGGCUGGCUGGAAGGCGCCGGCGAGGCCCUUUGCGACGAGGGCGGCGUCGAUCUCACCCGUCUUGGAGGAGUCGAAGACGAGCUUGAGGUCGGUGCCGUCCGGGUUCAUGGAGACGAUGGAGGAGUUGCCGAGCUGCUUCUGGGUGAUGACGAGGCGGCCCUGGAGGGAGAGCUGGGGGAAGACGUCGGUGGAGCGGUAUUCCCAGUCCGCGUCCCAGCUGUAGAGGGGCUUCUCCAUGGCGCGGGCGGCGAAGCCUACUUUUUCGUAGAUGACGAAGCGGCCGUCUGGGGACCAGGCUGGGGAGCGGAUCGCUGCUUUGACCGGCGCGUGGACGCCUGAGGUGUAGUUGAAGCCUUCGUUGUCACCGCCCUUGAUCAGGUAGGCGAUGUUGUUGCUGCUGGAUCCAUCCGAGGUGCUAUCGUCACCAGCCAACCACUGCGGGAAC